AUGUCGACGGGUUUGGCAAGGGGAGGUGGGAUUUGCAGAGGGGAGAGAGGCGAGGUCAUAUUUGGCUUCACUACGGGCUUUGGGAUAGCUUCUAACACCAGAGUAGAAUUCAGGGCCAUCCAUGAUGGGCUGUUUCAUUGCCUUAGAAAGGGACUCUCUAAAAUCAUCAUUGAAUCUGAUUCUUUGUUGGUGAUCAAUCUCAUUUCUGGGAGUUUCCGCCCUGGCUGGAAGUGGAAAUACUGGCUAUCUAGGAUUAAAGGGCUGCAGAUUAUAAGGGAAGUGAAGUUUCAGCAUAUCCUGUGGGAGGGUAAUGGGCUGGCAGAUAGGCUGGCCAGAAUGGGCAGUGAGGCCCAGUCAUCAGCUAUCUUCCACGCAGUCUCUGACCUCCCUAGGGAAGUUAAGGGCCUAAUCUUCCUUGACAAGGUGGGGUUGGGGACGCUCAAGUGCUAG